CUUCUGAAGGCGCACAGCUCCGUGACCUUCAAGCUCGUACGGACCGUGUCGGACUUCACCCAGCAAUUGUCCCACAUCUACGAACGACACGCGGAAGAGAUGCAGCUGCUCGUCGCCAACUUCCGCAAGAGGAACGCCGAGUUACGUAAAGAAAGGCCAGCGUGUCCCAGCGCGUUGUUUCACACGUGGGAGACGCUUCUACAAGAAGUUGAGAUCGAUUCUCAGGCACACAGCGAUAUAGCCUCUAUACUUGGACGCCAGGUGUCUCGUCCGCUGGUUGAACGUUCGUUCCAUCGCAAGAUCCAAUCCAGGAAAGUUUUCACCCAUCGGGAGAGCUACGAGACCAUCUUAACUAAGACGGAGGACAAGUUGGCCAAGUGUCGACAGGACUACAAGAACGCCUACGUGUCGUACCUGAUGGGACCCACGACCGCUUCGCUGUCCAACUACUUCGAUGCUCACAACGCUUACGUCCAACAGCUUCACGCAGCGAACGGGAUGCUGGACCAGUAUCAUCAGGAAACGCUGCCUCAGCUAUUGCAGGAACUCGAAGAUGUUUACUCAGAUCUGUGCUCCACUCUGUCAGAAUCUGUGCUGCAAGGAGCUGAGAUCAUCUCAGCGAGGGCGCUGGAGCAGUCCAGGCGUUACGAUGGUCUGUCGUCGCAGUGCCGCGCGGUCGCAGGCCCCACGGACCUCGCCCACUUCGUCCGGUCGCUGCCGACUCCUCAGCACAACCCCCAUCACCCGUCCCUGAGACACAACUUCGUGGCGCCUUCCCCCGAGGCCCCUGAUGGCACCGGCGGGGCUGCAGGCGAACCUCUGGCCAACGACUCCCCCGUGAACCCGCCGCCUCCGUUGAAGAACGAGGUCGUCGUGGAUCGCCUGGCGUCGAUUACAGUUCGCAGCCGCUACGACGCCUUGAAGAAGGAAGCGUCUGAGCUCGAGAGCCAGAUCAAACAACUCCACGACGCCCUGGACACUCUCUUGAGAAUUCAGCAAAGGAGCCUGGAAUCGAGUUUGUACAACAAGGCCAACGAACUGCAGGAAGACAUCAGCAUGAAAAGGUUCGACAUGCGAGUAGCGCAGAUUCAUCUGGGGGCCGUCAGGGCGCAGAAAGAAUUAUUCGCGUCGAAAGUAGAGAGCGCGUCUGAUUCCAGCCGCGAACGCAAGAUGUCGUCCUCUUCAACCGGAAGUAUGAAAAACAAGUGGCUGAAGGCAUUUAAGAGUUUGAAAACCACGAGUACUCCGAGCAACGGCGCAGCCAACAAAGACGGCGAGAAAAAGAAUCAAAUGUAUCACGCAGUCUCGACCAUCAUGACACUGAGGAAGAAUGGAAAGGAUCGCGAAGGAGUGUUUCAAGCCGGCGGGAGCCUCGACCCAGCGGCCCACACCUUCCAGGAGUACACGUACAAGAAGAUCACGCCGUGCGACAUCUGCUCGCAAGUGCUCAGAGGUCACACGAGGCAAGGCCUCAAGUGUCGAGUAUGCAAGCUCAACGUUCAUGUAGACUGCCAGGACAAAGUGGGACGCUGUCAGCCGAAGUCCCGACUUCUGCGCAGACAAAAAUCCACGUCGGAAAUUGAGACGCACGUCAGGGACGCCUUGCCGGACGAAGAGAAGCCUCAAGAGAUUGACCUCAUCUACCAAGUCCUGAAGCAGGCGGGCGAAAUAAGCAGUAGUCGAAGCGGCGGGCCCACUCGCGCGUUAACACCUGUGCCGCCUGGCAACUACCAUAACGUGCCAGCGGAGGGCACUGUUCCGCCCGCGAAGCAGCUGGAACAAGCCAAUGGGACUCCCAGUGUUGCCAACCUCCACAGACGCUCUGGUCCCACUCAGCAGCAGCCACUGUUGCUAAGAGGAGCUACUAGUUCUCUAACUGUGGGCCCCGUACCUCAUGCAUCCAUUUCAGCGCCACACAGCCCAAGGAAACAGAAGUUAAAUCUUCGCAUGAAAAGUUUGUCACUAGAUUCUCCGGAGUCGACGGAGCAUGCUCAGAGACGCCGACACGCAGCGCAGUCAACCUGCGUCGACCCCCAGAGUAGCCAGUCCUCAUCUCGCAUCCAGUCGCCAUCAAGCCCCGUACAUAAUCGGCGACUUCUCUCAGCGAGAAACAUGCGGAUGAGCUCCGUGGAAUUACCCGAUGAAAACGAGAAGUCGCUUUCAUCUGCUAGUACCUCACCCUGCCCCUCACCGAAACCUCACCGUUUGUUACCAACCAAUUUAUAUGUAGUGUUAUAUAACUUCAAAUCUAGGCAUCCGGAUGAAUUAGAUCUAAAAGCCGGUUACAAAGUAACAGUUAUCGACACAUCUGAUCAAGAUUGGUGGAAGGGAAAAUGUUUGGGACGUAUUGGCUAUUUCCCAUCCAAAUACGUGAUCAAGCUGCAACCUGGAGAGAAACCACUUCAAGUGACACACAACUUGCAGGUCUCCGAUGGUGACAAUGGCCUAAUGCUAUUGAGAGAUCAGAUUGUGAUACAAGUGGGAGAGGAGUUGGAUGGCAUGGUGAUGAUACGCAGCGGAGACAAUCGGCAGGGAGUAUGCCCUCUGAAGUUCUUGCAAGAAGUGUGACAUAAAACCUUGACAGCAACCGCGGCUACUAUUUUCCGUUACGGUAACCGUAGACGCAAUCUGCCUCAGGUUCCUUCCACAAGUGUGCUACUUCAGGGUUUCAUACCAUGCGGUAACAACAUUCAUUCCAACAACAUAAACAACAAUACUGUUAAAAAUACACAAGUGAUUAACACUUAUGUUCAACCAACAACACAUCAUUCCUAUGAUGAAACUCUGCCAGACAUCAAGAAUGGUAUACAUAAUGGUGCUCAAUCUUACAAAACAAAUACACCACAAAAUGAGAACUCGGCCAGUAAUCUCAUGGACUGUGGUGAGUUCUACAACAAGAUUUCUUUACAAAAAGAGUAUAGUUUAGCUACAAAUGUGGAGUCUAUUUCAUGCAGUACAAGAGUGUCAGAAAAGAAAAGUUUAAUACAGUGCGUAAAAUCAAGGGAUUUCCAUUUGUACAACAGGAUUUCUACAGAGAAAGUUUAUGGCCGUAGAUAUUCUUACAAGGGACUUCCUGAUGAAAUUGGUGAUUCGUCUAGAGAUAAUUCAAUAAACAAUAAUACUGCAACUCUUGCGGUGUCAAAGAAAGAUGACAAUUCUAGCAACAUCAGCAACAUUUCAGGGAUCAAGAGAAACUGCGGAAGGAUGUUACCAGUCCCUUCAUCCUCUGCGCGUCCUUUGUCCAUCAAACUACCAUUUCAUACGUCUAAAAUUAAUGAAAAUAGACACGGUGCUUUGAACGAUACAAAAGGAACACAUUCGCAAGCACGUCCUCUGUCAAUUGUUUUACCAACACCAAGAUAUAAUAUCAAUCAUUCUUUAAGAACCAUGCUACCAAUGGAUAAAAGGUCUCAUUCAUCCAAACUCAUUUCCUCGCCUAAAAUUCAUCCCUUAAGUAACCCUUAUCAAAGACUGAAGUACUCCACAAAUGAAAAUGUGCAUCUUGUGAAGAAACAAUCUGAUAAAUUGAAUAACAACUCAAAUUUUACAUCACAUGCUACUAAUAUAAACAUCCCCAUGUCAGCGCCUUUACCCUGUGCUUCAAGUUCUGAUGGUGACAGAGAAAAUAACAACAUUUGUACAAACAGAAAUUUUUCACAUCAGUCGAGGUCACUGCUCGAAAAUCCCGCGGAGAUAAAGUCUGGCUUUAACAGUAGCAAUUUAAUAAGUGUGCAAAAACAUGCUUAUCCUAGUGGAGUGCUGUGUGCAGGACAAAACAGUAAACAGAUUAGUAUAAAUCACCCCAGUUACACGAAUACAUCCAGUCCAAAUCAUAAUGUAAGUACUACCAUUAUGCCAUCCACUCAUUCAUCAAACACUACAACUCCAUCAUCAUCGUCGUCGUCGUCGCUGUCUGUCGUAAAUUCGUUGCCAGAAAAACCGUCCGUAUUGUUAGUCGUGUACCCUGUACCAUUUGUACAUGAAUCUAAUGAGUUAUUGAUGGACCAGCAGGACCAGAGUAAUGCUGGAAGUGAUGAAGACAAAGUCACUUUCACUUGUCAACAGCCACCGAAGGAAUCGUCAAGUUGUGGGAUUCAGUAAUUGUUUAUGUUUCAUUGUAACCACCAGUGGAUAAAGAUGAUUUAACUUAUUAGCGCUUACUCAUUGCUUAAAUUUGCUUCAGUAAUUAUAUUCCAUAAAUGCAAGAAUGUGCUAAAGAAAUUAUUUAAUUUAGAUCUGUAAGCAUUAUGGGAAAAAAAAAUUGCUAUAUUUUAUAGUGAGAAUAAAUUUUAGUGUUCUGUGUGUCAGCUAUAGACAUAAAGCUUAGAUAAAAUGUUAACAACGAUUGGUCUGAACCAGUUCUCAUUACGAAGUUGUAUGCAUUCCAUUUGUUUAUUGCUGAUUGAUGGUAGCAGAAAAUGACAGAAAGAAUUAGAUAACCAAUUAUCUAUAAAUUUGCUUACUUAUCAGUACAUAAUUCAGUGUGAUAAUUUGUAUUGCCAUUUUAUUGGUACUAGAAACUGAAAUAAUUAAACGUAGAAAACCCCAUUUCUUCAUCCGCCAUAUUUACAAGAACUGUUUUCUGUUUCUUCUGCCGUUACGAUUUUUAAAAAAAGAAGAUAUUUUUUUUUAUUUAAAGAAAACACAUACAUUUUGUGGCAUGAUGAAUGUUUAGUCAUUCUGAACUGACCAGAAAAAAUAUGAUCAUCACUUCUAAAUUAAUUCUGUCUAAAUAUUCUUUUGGUAGACGAGCGUUCUUACAUUUUUGUAUGCCUGAACCACUACUGUUGUUAUCCAGAGUUGUACUAAGAGAAUAAUAAAAUAAAAACCUGUUCAGAUAAUUCAACUGAAUAAGCGUGUGCAACAUUAAGAAUGUAUUCUAAAGUUAAAGCAAUUGAUAUAUUUUAUGCUCUGCAGGUUUUUUAUAAUACCUGUGACUUGUUUCUGAACUGUUAAAUUCACAAAAUAUAUUUUUAAAGUGGCAUAAGAAUUAGCUUUUAUCUUGUUUGGUUGCCACGUAAUCUCUGCAGCUGGUCUGCAUUGUUUAAUUAUCUAUUAUGUAUAUGAAAUUCUAGCUGUUGCAGUGUUAAGAGAGCAGCUACAUUGGUCUAUAUUGAUGUACGAAAAUAUUCAACGCGGAGAAUAAAAUAAUUUGCAUAUUGCGAACAUCCGUACCUUAAGGUAACAGUUAUAAAUUUAUAUUUUCAAACAUCUUUUAAUAACUUCAUCUUGCAUACUUCAGUAUGGUCCUUUGAAUUUUGCUUUCUUACAUCAAAAUGAAAAUAAAUCAAAAUCUGUUGACUGUUUUUAUCAAACCUGCUGUGAGACAGAUUCUAAGUACCAUGCUACUGAACCAAUUUCCACCAUACAGCUCGUAUAUAUAGUUCAGAUGCAUCAGACUGGUGUAAUAGCAUUGUAUAAAAUUUAUUUUUAUUAUCAGUAUUUACUCAACAACCUUCUGACAAAUUUUCAUAAUUCAAUUUUGAUAUCCUUAAUGGAAAUAUUUUCCAGAAACAUGAAUACCGUAACUUCAUAAAUGCCAAAUUAAAAUUUAUAAACUAAGCACAACAUGGACCUAUUUUUGAUGCCAAAAUUUGGCUAAAGGAUUUGUAUCCAUAAAUUAAAUUCCCAUUACAGUCGCAACGAUAAAGUAAUUUCUUGAUGUAUAAUGGGCUACAGCGUGUCUUAAUGUGGUUCUGUUUUGAUGAAUGUCACAUUUUCACAGUUUCAGAAAGUUUAGAAUGAAAAUGUUACUUAUUGAAGGUUCCUUGCAGAUAUUCAACGUAAAUAGUUGUCUAUUAUCCAAAUGAUCAAAAUUUAAUUUGUAAAAUUGUGCAACAUCGUUUUCGCCAAUUGCGCAGAGUCCUCCUUGAGAAGCUAGUAGUAAUUCAAUUCUUCAAUAAAUUAUGAUUUCUGGAACCUGAAGAUUCAUUCACCGAGUGCACAAGAACUUGUCGCUGGUCUCCAUCUUAAGAGAGAUGAAUUAGUGCACAACCUCCUACCCUGCUGCUUGAACAUAUGUGAAAAUACAGGGUUGUAACAUUAACACUAAACAAACAUUAGAGUAUGGAAAUAUUCAUUGUAUUGUUGUAUUCUUAAUUCACAAAUUUUUCUCUAAAGCAUGGUGGGGGUAAUGUAAUUUUCUACACACCUUUCAUUGGAUUUAUAUGAAUUUAAAUAAAAGCACAUGGCACCAAAUAUGCAUAACGCAAUGCACAUCUGUGUUUAGCUUUUGUUGUGCACUCUGCAGCCUACUGUGACAAUUCUGUAAUCUGUAUUAGUAGCUUUAUCUAGAAAAGAGAAAUUUAAUAUAAUGUGUUUGUAAUGCAUGUAUGGAAGAUAUUAAACUAACUUCAAUUUGAGGUUAGGUUACAUCUAAUGUAUUUGUAAAGCAUUCUGAGUUUCUCAUAAAAUUUACAUCUCGAAAGUUUACGCAGUGGAGCUGCUACAGCCAGCCAAUUCAACAGAAUAAAUAGGCAAAAGGAUUCAGAAUGUUCGGAAUUUAGAACAGACAAGUGUGCAUUAAUGGUCUGUAUACCAUAUUCAAGAGCUCACAAGACAAUCAAGUUGUGUAUAAUAUUAAAAAAGUCUUAAUCUGUUACACUUUAUUAAUGUCGCUCUGUUUUAAAUUCAUUUGAAAUGUAUUAACAUUUAUGAGGUGUGCAUUACAGCUCACACAUCGUCCAGCUGUCUAUGGCUCAGAGCAGUGUACUUUUAAGGUAUGCAACCCUGGAAUUAAAGUCUGACCAGCAGCACCAUUGUACAGGGGGUUUGCCCCAGCUCUUGCGUGAUAAACGUUAAAUCCUCUUGGUCUUGCGGUUGGCGUGAGUGUACAGGUAAAUACAUUUUAUCCCUGUUAAAACAAUAUUUCCUUCAAGUUCACAUUUUUGCAUACAUGUCUGAAAUGUCUUUAUAUUUUUAAUAAAUUACUUUCUAUUAUAAUGCUGGACUGUGAUACAUAAUGGCUGCUUUCUUUAAUAUUGAUACUUUUAAAAUUCUUAAAAUUUUAAACAUACAAAAAUUUUGCAACUGUUGUGGUGUUAAAUGGUUCCUGUCUUCAUAAUUGGCUUGCAUCUAUGCCUUUUACAAUAUAUUAAUAAAGAAGUUCAUACAGUAAUCAAAAGCAUUAAAACUUUGUGAUAUCUUAUUGACAGAAACAGAGAGAAGGCAGAUAAAGAUAUUUCAUCUUGGGUGUACUUGCGUUCUGAACGAGUGACAUAAUAUGUAUAAAUCCGCAGAUGUGUUAAUAAUGAGAUGUAAUCUUCUCACAGCUCAUUAAUUUAUGAAAUGGCUCUCAAAUAUGAUCACCAGGCCAUUUGUUCAAGCGCUUAAUUUACACAAAUAUAUUUCAGUCAUAUUAAUUUAAAGUAAGGUUAUGUUUUCCACACAGUAAACACUCAAGCUGUGCUGCUUUCUGCACCAUUCCUUUUAUGAGUAGCUCUUAUAAAUAAGUGAAUAAAUGGUAAAGAAUAUUCUGACUACAGGUGUUAAGGAAGAUUGAACAUGUGUCAUCAAUUAUUACUUCAUGCUACAAAAAUUAAAGAGGUGCAUAAAUAUUGCCAAGCGAAAGGCACUGUAAACUCAGGUUACUUUAACCUAUAAGAAAAUGUUUUCUGGCAUAUUUAUUUAUACAACUUCAUGGCGCAAUAAUAAACUGAGUUUCUAUCACUUUUCAUAGACAAAGUAUUAACUGUUUAUCACUUUUGGGCAGUUUUGUUGUAACUGAUAAGUGUUUAAGGUGUGAAAUUAUUCUUUGGAACUUUCGAUUGCUUUGUCCCCAUCGGAUUUUUAAUAUCUGAAUUCAAUUAAUAUGAGAUGGGCCAAAGUGGGGUUAUGAAACUCACUAAAUAUAUACAUGAGAAACAGAGAAAUAUAAAAAAGUAUGUAUUUCUUGUACAAUACAUAAAACAUGCUAUUUAAGUAUAAUUGUCAAAAUUAAAAUAUAAUAAUUUGAAGAGCUCCUACUUAUGUUCUGGGCACUAAUAUUUAUAUUUAUAUCCCUUGCUAUAAAGUUAAUAUAUAUAAAUAUGUCACAUAUUAAGUGUUAUGUUCAGUUUUAGCUCAACAUGCAUGCAGUGUACACCAAACAUAAAUAAAUAAGAACAAUGAUCGAACUGACUUUGUUAAAAUCAUAAUUCUGUUACGUAAAAAUAAAUUCUCUUCCUAUUGUAA